CGGCAGGAUGCUGUAGCGGCGGCGGCGGCAGCAGCAGCAGCCGGUGUGUAGUGACUUUGAGGCCGGUCCGAAUCGGAUUUGCGUCGGCUACUUUUGCGACCAAACAUGUUGGGCAGGCAGUAACGCUUGACAGAAGAUGCAACGGGGGUGGCGGCUCUUCAGAUGGCUGGGGACAGGCAUGGCAAUCCUUUCUUUGCUCGCAAACAGCUGGGGCCAGGACACAGAAGACUGGCAGUAUGAGGAGUGUAAACUGUCCCGGUCAGGCCCGCCUGCAACCAUCGUGACCAUCGAUGAAGAGAGCCCCAACGGUACAGUUCUGGUGGAGAACAUGCAGAUCAACGGUCGAGCCCAGGACCCAGGCAGAACCAUCUCGCUGACCUUGCUGGACAACUAUGAUCACUGGGUGAUACUGGAUGCGGCCCGGCAGAGGAUCUUCCUAAACAGCACUGGGCGGGUUCUGGACAGGGAUCCUCCCAACUAUAUUACCACUAUUGUGGUUCAGGUGCAGUGCACCAAUGAACUGGUUGGCACGGUCAUUUUGCAUGAGGUACGGAUUGUUGUGAGGGACAAGAAUGACAACACGCCUCGCUUUCAGCAGCCACGAUACUAUGUCGCAGUGAAUGAGCUCACACCUAUUGGGACUACCAUCUUCACAGGCUUCUCAGGAAAUAAUGGUGCGACAGACAUUGAUGAUGGACCCAAUGGACAAAUAGAAUACGGCAUCCAGUACAACCCCAAUGACCCGGUUUCUAAUGGAACAGUGAGUGUUGCAAACACACUUUCCGGACACAUUCUUCUGGCAGAGAGACUAAAUUACGAGGAGAGAACUCGGUACCUGGUCAUAAUUCAAGCCAACGACCGUGCUCCAUAUGCAGCCAAUAGACGAACUGCCACUGCAACUCUAACAGUGGAUGUCCUGGAUGGAGACGACUUAGGCCCCAUGUUUCUACCCUGUGUGCUGGUCAACAACACCCGUGACUGUAACCCCCUCACCUAUCAUGUCACCAUCCCUGAAUUCACAGAAGCGAGAAAACUCAAUCCACUGAACGUCGCCCCUCCUAUCCGAGCAGUGGACAUGGAUAGGAACAUCCAGCCCCCAUCAGACAGACCGGGCAUUCUUUACUACAUCCUAGUUGGUCAUCCAGCAACAUACCCAGAGUAUUUCUCCCUAAAUAAAACCACUGCAGAGCUGCUUGUUUUGAAGCCUGUCAGCAGAGACCUGUAUCAAAGGUUUACCCUCAUCAUCAAGGCUGAGCAAGACAACGGGCACCCCCUCCCUGCUUAUGCUGACCUCAUCAUUGAAAUCCUGGACGAGAACAACCAAGCCCCAUACUUCCAGUUUGCUACCUAUCAGGGCUAUGUGAGUGAGUCUUCCCCAGUGGGCACAUCCAUCUCAGCCAGUGCCAAUCUCACCGCCCCUCUGGCGAUCAUAGCUUUGGAUAAUGACAUCGAGGAGACUAAAGACCCUAUGGUGAAGAUUGUUCUGGACGACUACGCCACGGUCUUCGGCCUGACCCCGACGGGGAUAAUCCGCUACCUGAGGCUCCUCAAACCGGUGGACAGAGAGAAGCAGAUGACCUACACUUUCACGAUGGUGGCAUCAGAUGGAGUGCAAAAGAGCAGCCCGGUGACAGUCAAUAUCCUGGUCAUCGACGCCAACGACAAUACUCCCACCUUUGCUGAGGUUUCCUACAAUGUUGAAGUGUUCACCGACAUGCAGCCAGGAGAGACAGUUCUGCAAUUGUCAGCAGUGGAUGCUGAUGAGGGACUGAAUGGACUAGUGACCUAUGAGAUCCUGGCAGGCGCCCAGGGAGACUUUGUUAUCAACAACCGCACCGGACGCAUCACCGUGGCGCCGAGUGUCCUCCUCCACGUGGGAAGGUCCUACGCGCUGACUGUUAAGGCCUCUGACAAUGCACCAGAGAUCCAGAGAAGGAGCUCCAUCGCUACAUUGUACAUUGAGGUGCUGCCACCCAACAACCAGAGCCCCCCACGCUUCCCCCUCUUCACUUACAGCCUAGAAGUCAGUGAAGCCAUGAGGAUAGGAGCUAUCCUGCUCAAUCUACAGGCCACAGACAGAGAGAACGAUCCAAUAACGUACCAUAUUGAGAGUGGAGAUUCCCAGCAGAUCUUCAACCUCUCUGAAACGAUUGGCCUUCUACUUCUGAGAAAACCCCUGGACAGAGAGACCACCGACCAGUACCGACUAAUAGUCACAGCGUCUGAUGGCAACCCUGGAGGGACUUCCACUGCCACAGUGAACAUGGUGGUCACUGAUGUCAACGAUAAUGAUCCCGUGUUUGACCCUACCAUACCUACCAAUUUAACUGUCCAAGAGGAGGACGCCAAUGUGUUGGUAGGACAAGUCAGGGCCACAGAUCCAGAUGCAGGGGCUAAUGGUCAGGUGCGCUACCGCAUAGUGAAUCACCCUGACUUGUUCACUGUCAACGCUAACGGCAGCAUCUUCACAGUGGUGCCUCUGGACCGGGAACUGGAGAGCCAAUACAACCUGGUUGUGGAAGCCUCAGAUGGGGCCGUGGACCCUCGGCGGACCACCUUGACCCUCUCUGUCCAAGUCAUGGACAUUGAUGACAACAGCCCCGUCUUCUCCCAGCAGACUUAUGUGGUGAACGUGCCUGAGAACAGCCCUGUGGGCACUGUGGUCCUAAGGCUAAGUGCAGUGGAUGCAGACCUGUUCUCCAAUAUCACAUACCGGAUAAAGACUGAGUCGGCCCGGCAGCUAUUUUCUAUGAACCCUGUCACAGGGGAGUUAGCUGUGCUACAGACCCUGGACUUUGAGGACCUUUCAGCCAUGGGUAUGGGGGCCACCUACACUUUCCAGGUGGAGGCUUUUGACCAAGCCAGGGUCAUGCCCCCAGGGCUGGCUACCGUCACGGUUCGCAUCACGGACAUGAAUGACUUCUCCCCUGUCUUUAGCCAGGCCUUGUAUAAGGGCAUGGUUGCACCUAACGCAGAAAAGGGAACAGUUAUCACGACCGUGUUCGCUGAGGACCAGGACCCACUGGGAACUCCGGCAAGUUUUGUCCGCUACAGAGUGGAUUUGGACAGGUCGCCGUACAGCGGGAGCAUCUUUGAUGUGGAGGAGGAAUCUGGAAGGGUUAUCACUCGGGUCAACCUCAAUGAAGAGCCCAGUGUCACUUUUAAAUUGUUUGUGAUAGCCUAUGAUGAUGGAGAGCCGGUGAAAUUUAACAGUACCUUGGUGGAAAUCACUGUCCUUCAGCCCUCCCGCAUCCCCAUCUUCACCCAGGAGGAGUACAGGUAUCCUGCUGUUAGUGAGCUGGCCCCAGUCGGGACAUCUGUGGGAACGAUCCUAGCUGCUGCUGUCAACCAGUCCAUCUUCUACUCCAUUGUGGCAGGAAAUGAGCGUGGUGAUUUUAAGGUGAAUAACAGGACAGGCGUGAUCUCCACAGCUAAGCGUCUGGACUAUGAGAAUGUGACCAGCUAUGUCCUCAGGGUCCAGGCUGACUCCAUGCUGGUGGUCAUGUCCAACCUUCGAGUGCCCUCCAAAACCAACACAGCCAAGGUGUUCAUUGAGGUGCAGGAUGAGAACGACCACCCUCCAGUCUUCUCGAGGGACCAUUACAUCGGCGGAGUAGCUGAAGAUACUAAGACCUUCACCUCUGUGCUCAAGAUAGUGGCCACCGAUAAGGACACAGGAAAUUACAGUGCCAUGGCUUAUCGCCUGAUUAUCCCACCGACAGCAGAGGGCCAGGACAGCUUUGUGAUUGAGACGUACACAGGUAUCAUCAAGACAGCCAUCAUGUACCGCAACAUGCGCAGGUCCUACUUCAAGUUCGAGGUCAUUGCCACAGACGACUACGGGAAGGGUCUCAGCAGCAGUGCCAAUGUAGUGGUGUCAGUGGUCAAUGCACUGGACAUGCAAGUUGUUGUAUCUAAUGUCCCACCCACUGUUGUAGAAGAGAAUAAGGAGCAGCUCAUUAGCAUUCUGAAGCGCUACGUGCAGGACCAGAUCCCAGGUGCAGAAGUGAUUGUGGAGUCUAUUGGGCCACGCCGGCAUGGUGAUGGCUUUGAGCUGGAGGACUACACUAAGUCCGACCUGAUGGUGUACGCCAUUGACCCGCUCACCAACAGGGCCAUCUCACGGCAGGAGCUUUUCAAGUUUCUGGAUGGGAAGCUGCUGGAUAUCAACAAGGAGUUCCAGCCAUACCUCGGCGAAGGCGGACGAAUCCUGAAGAUCCGUUCGCCAGAUGUCGUGGCCAGUGUUAAGAAGGCGGCCCAGGCCGUGGGUUACACAGAGGGAGCGCUGCUGGCCCUGGCCAUCAUCAUCAUUCUCUGCUGCAUCCCUGCCAUCCUCAUCGUCAUGGUUACCUACAAACAAUUCAAAGAGCAACAGGCUGAAUGUGCCAAAACUGCCAGGAUUCAGAUGGCUCUGCCACCAGGAGGCGGCAAGACCGCCCCGGCCGGUGCCCCCACCAACCUCUAUGAAGAGCUGGGGGACAGCAGCAUCAGGCGAGGCUAUGGCAGACAGCAACAGCAACUGCUGAGGCCAUCUCUGCUGAGACCUGAGGAGCUCUCAGUGGAGUCAGGUAUCGACCCAGGCCAAGACUACUAUACACAGGACUACUAUAAUUAUGACCAAGGGUAUGACCUUCCUCAGUAUGGCAGCCGUAGGAAAUUGAUCUCUCCCAUGUACGACGAGUAUGGAGAGGUGAUUAUGGAGGAUGAUGGUUAUUACUACAGCCCCCAUGGUCCUGAGGGCCGAGGCAGAGGCAGGGGUCGUGGCGGCAUACGAGGUAGAGGUCCUCCUAAGAGGGUAGGAUUUAGAGACUUGCCACCAGAUGAUGAAAUUAAACAGGCUGAGCCAGCAGAGGAUGGCGAGCCUUCCAAGGCUGCCAAGAAGCUAAAGUCUGUCAUGAAACUCAGCAAACUAUUGGCUGCCAGCAAAGGAGACCAGAAAUCAGGUGUUGGUCCCUCUGGACCCUCUCCAUGGAAAAAAGCCAAGAUGUUCAAGAUGUUUGGCACAGGGAAGAAGGACAAGGAUUAUGCCAAACUGAUGUCAGCCCGCCGUAUUGACAGCCAGGAGAGUCUUGCUGGUGGACCAGCAGGAAUGGGACCAAUUGACAGGAAGUCUGAUGCCCGGAGCCGGCUUGGCAAAGUUCUAAAGAAAAUCAAACUAGGCAACAAGUUUCAGGCCCGAAGGAAAUCUCAGAGUAGUGUGAGUCGUGGUUCUGCCACAGGCAGCGAGCAGGACGAGGACGCCUCCCAAGUCGCCAGUGAAGAUGAAAAGAAGUCUAAAGUGUCUAUUAGUGUGACCGAGAGCGAGCCAGAGGCAAGUGGAAGUGGAACAGGUAAGGAGAAGGGCUCUGAUGAAGAAUCCUCAGAGAGAAGCAGUGUUGACAAAGAUUAUUUAAAAGUCGAUUUGGACAGAGAUGAUGCCAACGAAAGCACUGUGGACUCAGAAGAGGAGCCUGAUGAAGAGCCAGGGGAAUCUGAUGAGGAAAGCAAGUCCAAGUCUGAAGUCGAGGAAACUGAGAGGGAAUCUUUCACAGAGAAAGAAUCCGAUUCAGAGAAAGAAUCAGAGUCAGAGAAAUCAUCAAGGACAGAGAAAGAAUCAGGAACUGAGAAGGGGUCAGAAUCUGAGGAAGAGUCAGAGUCAGGGACGGGCACAGUAACAGAAAAGGAGUCAAGUACUGAAAAGGGUUCAGCAACGGAGAGAGAUUCUGUUGAAGAGUCUGAGGAGGAAGAAGAACGUGAAUCUUCUGACCACUCCUCCAUGAAGUCAUUCGCUACUGAGGCAAGUAAACAGAGUGGUGCUUCCGGCAUUAGCGGAAGUGGUAGUGGUAGUGGAAGAGAGAGUGUGAGCGGGAGUGAGAGUGGUGGAACAAGUAGUGCUAAAUCUGCAGAUGGAUCAAGUUUGAGGUCAUCACAGAUAUCCCAUUCUUCCAGAAGAUCAUCAGAAAGUGUAGGGAAAUCAGACGAGUCCAAGAAGGGAAGCAGUGAGACUGAAUUAGGCACCGGAACAGAUAAUGACACAAAAACAGGCAGUGGUGAAGGCCCUUUGUCUGAUGGGUCCAGCCAGAGCCAAAUGUCUGGGUCAGAGAAAAGUGGUUCAGAAGAUGGAGGGUCCUCCUCUAGGAGCCAAAUGACAAGCCAGAUGUCCCAGGGUAGCGAGGACAAUUCUACCAAUGGUAGCUGCCGUUCCCAGAAAUCUGUACUGACCAGCAGGUCCGAUGACACCAUAGAAGAAGAGAGUGAGGAGGAGGAGGAUUCAAAUUUAGAAGACUCUGAAACUGCCACAGAGAGCAAAGAGUCUUCCAGUGACAAUCUCAGGGAUGGAGCAGUGUCCACAAGGUCUGGUAAGGAUUCUGAGGCUCCUGGCUCCUCUGCCCCCUACUCAGGGCCCCCAUAUGGCACUGAAAUCAGAAGCAUUGGUUACACCUCUGAGGAGACAUAUGGAGGACUCUCCCCUAUCACUGAGGUGGAUGAGGACGCCAUCUCCUCCGAUAGGUCUUUAGCCAGUGGUUCUGGGUCGGAAACAGGCAGCACAUCAAAGCAGUCAGAAGACAUGAAAGAGACGUCAGAAACUGAUUCAGAGUCUGAGGGGAAUUCAACAGCUUUCUAA